AUGUCCAUCCAACACUCUCCGCUCUCGUCAACUUCAGAGAUAAUAUGAGAACUCAAUCAUUACUUAUUCACCCUGCAGUCUUUGGACCACAUUCACUUAGAUCUGUAUACCGACAACAGUACAGACUAGUCCAUCUUUCUAGCGACCCUUCCGCCUUGCUUUCGUUACAAAAGAAAGAUGGGGCUGUGACCGAGGCCAGAGAAGAAGAUUUCUACCGAUAUACCACCAAUCGAUGGCUAUCAAACGACGCCCAGGAAGCCUCAAAGAGGUAUCGAAGAUUCAAUAUCCCAGAGCUUCUUUCUGUUGCUGUCCAGUCAAGCGGUACAGAUGCAGAUAGAUGCACGCACAUGAUGAAAUAUCAGGAAGGACAAUACAACAAAACCUUUCUUUUAGCAUUCAAUAAUGGAUCCGAGGUGGUAGCAAAGCUGCCAAAUCCUAAUACAGGGCCGGAAAUCCUGACUAUUGCCAGUGAAGUUGCAACGAUGGACUUUGUGCGGGAAGUUAUAGGUCUGCCAAUUCCUCGAGUGCUCAGUUGGAGCUGUGAUUCCUCCAAUCCGGUUGGAAGUGAAUACAUCGUCAUGGAAAAGGCAAAGGGGACUGCUCUUGGUGAUGUUUAGUAUCAGCUUCCUUCUCCAUCGAAACAUAAAUUUAUAAAGCAGCUUGUGGAACUGGAGGAGAGAGUAGCAUCUAUAUCACUGCCUAGACAUGGAUGCAUAUACUACAAAGAAGAUCUGCCACGACCACAUUCAAAGGAUCAAUUCUCGCUUAAUGGAGAUUCAAAGUUCUGCAUUGGCCCUGUCACAGACGCGAUUUUCUGGUCUGAUGAGCGAGCUACUAUGAACCUAUCUCGAGGUCCUUGUAAGUUCCUUCUUUCUUUCCAAUAUCGUUC